UGUUUUGUUUUGCCACCAGGAUAUUCUUCUUAUUAAUGUGGUAAUUGAACAAAUGAUCUGUGAUACUGAUCCUGAGCUAGGAGGCGCUGUUCAGUUAAUGGGACUUCUUCGUACUCUAAUUGAUCCAGAGAACAUGCUGGCUACAACUAAUAAAACUGAAAAAAGUGAAUUUCUAAAUUUCUUCUACAACCAUUGUAUGCAUGUUCUCACAGCACCACUUUUGACCAAUACUUCAGAAGACAAAUGUGAAAAGGAUUUUUUUUUAAAACAUUACAGAUAUAGUUGGAGUUUCGUAUGUACCCCUUCACAUUCCCAUUCCCAUUCUACCCCCUCUUCCUCCAUCUCUCAAGAUAAUAUAGUUGGAUCAAACAAAAACAACACAAUUUGCCCUGAUAAUUAUCAAACAGCACAGCUACUUGCCUUAAUUUUAGAGUUACUCACAUUUUGUGUGGAACAUCACACAUAUCACAUUAAAAACUAUAUUAUGAACAAGGACUUGCUAAGAAGAGUCUUGGUCUUGAUGAAUUCAAAGCACACUUUUCUGGCCUUGUGUGCUCUUCGCUUUAUGAGGCGGAUAAUUGGACUUAAAGAUGAAUUUUAUAAUCGUUACAUCACCAAGGGAAAUCUUUUUGAGCCAGUUAUAAAUGCACUUCUGGAUAAUGGAACUCGGUACAAUCUAUUGAAUUCAGCUGUUAUUGAGUUGUUUGAAUUUAUAAGAGUGGAAGAUAUCAAGUCUCUUACUGCACAUAUAGUUGAAAACUUUUAUAAAGCACUUGAAUCGAUUGAAUAUGUUCAGACGUUCAAAGGAUUGAAGACUAAAUAUGAGCAAGAAAAAGACAGACAAAAUCAGAAACUGAACAGUAACAGAUUUCGCAGAGAUGCAAAAGCCUUGGAAGAAGAUGAAGAAAUGUGGUUUAAUGAAGAUGAAGAAGAGGAAGGAAAAGUGAUUGUGGCACCAGUGGAAAAAUCUAAACCAGAAGAUGAUUUUCCAGAUAAUUAUGAAAAGUUUAUGGAGACUAAAAAAGCAAAAGAAAGUGAAGACAAGGAAAACCUUCCCAAAAGGACAUCUCCUGGUGGCUUCAAAUUUACUUUCUCCCACUCUGCCAGUGCUGCUAAUGGAACAAACAGUAAAUCUGUAGUGGCUCAGACAACACCAGCAACUUCUAAUGGAUCCUCUUCCAAAACCACAAACUUGGCUACGUCAGUAACAGCCACCAAGGGAAGUUUGGUUGGCUUAGUGGAUUAUCCAGAUGAUGAAGAGGAAGAUGAAGAAGAAGAAACGUCCCCCAGGAAAAGACCUCGUCUUGGCUCAUAAAAUAUUUAUUAGGGGACCCUCAACAUGUGGUCUUAAAAUGCUGCAACUGUUCAAUGAGCUGUAAAUCCGAAUCAGAAAGCUUUCUCAAUUGAACUUAGAAAAUAUACAAGGAGUAGCAAAAGACACUCAAUAUAUCAGCUAAGGGAGUUUAGUUCUAAUAAAAAAACAGGCUUCCCAGGAACUUCAUUGCUUGCUAGUAAUUAAGGGGUUUGCCUUUUAGGCUGUCAAACGUUAAUAACCAGAACCUGGGAGACAGCUUCUCAGCAAGGAAGUCACAGGUUUUGGGACGGUUUAGGGGAGGGGAAAAGGUUGAUAAAAUAAUGCAGGGUUGCUCCUCGGGGUGUUGAUCUAAAAACAAUUUUACAGAACUUCAGUUGUAAACUCAAUAACAUUACUUGUAUAAUGGUGCUGACCAUGUUGUUGUUUUAAUCAGUUGCCUCUUUUUAAAAGAAAUUUUUAUGGAAAACACAUUCAACUAUCAUAAAAAAAAAUGAAGUUAAGCUGUUGGGACCAUUUAUUUAAGAUUUAACAAAAGUUCAGCCUUUUAGGUAGUUGAAGGGAAGUACACCCCAUAUUCAGCACAUGUUGAAUUUUCUACACCAGGAAUUUUCAAUAUGUAUAUUGAUGAAAACAAGCUCAAUUCAAACUGGACAGUUUUAAGAUAAUGUUAAAAUCAGCACUUUUAGAGACAAUGAAGGCCAAGAAUCAGUACAGUAGUAUUCCAAAAUGAUUUUCUCUAGAAAUUUGAAAGUGGAUAGAACAGAAUGUUUUCAACCACCUACCAGUACGAUCUUUUGUGGAAGAUACUUUGAAAUCACUUUUUGCUUUGUUAGUAAAGUUCUCUCUCUUUCCAGAGCUACAAGUUUUAAAGUGUUACUUAUACAGACCAACAAAGAAUAGUGCUGAAUUAAGUGGCAUUUAGUAUGUAGAAGCCAUUUUGAUCCAAGAAGCGACUUGUCAACGUCAGCAUGCAGCACAUGUAGCUUUUCUGUAAACAAGGGUGUGAUACGAAAGCUGCUUUUUUAAGAAGAGUAAAAGCACAUUCCAUGUACGUAAGUGAACUUUAAAAUUAAAUUGAGGCAAACAGUUAUGUUUUAUUUUUAGAGCAACAAGUUAACUGUACAUAUUUUAAUGUUAGUUUGCUCAUCUAUGAUCUGAGAUCAUGCCGAAGUGAGAAAAAUGUCCCCAAAAUACAAUUUAAUGCAUUGGGAAAAAAAAUUUUUAAUGGUACUUCCAGCCACAAUCUUUAGAUCACCCUUGUAAUGUGUUAUGGGUCCACUUUUCCUGGAAUAGUUUAAUCUGAAGCAGUUUCCCCUGUUUUGGAGAUUUUGUAGUUAAUUUUAAUUUUGGCUGUUUGGAAAAGAUGAGCUGUUUGUGUAGAUAUGAAGUAUAGUUUUUCCAUAAAACAGAUGUUUAUUUUGUAUUAAAAAUACCACUGUACUUGUUUUACACCAUUUGUAUACAUGUGGUGAUAUUAAUGCUAAACUGUAAAAUUCAGGAAUUAAAAUGUGACCCUGUAAUUCCAUAA